AUGCAGCCGUUCGGUCUUUACGCUCCGACCAUGGUCAUCGAUGGCGCAACCCUGCCCAUCUCAGACUAUGUUGAGCUCAACGGCCUCAAUUUGGCAAGCCACACCACUGCCCUCGAGCAGUCGGUGCUUGGCAAGCCUCACCUCGUCUCCACCGCCAAUGGUCUCGCACUGCAGCCUCCCACCAGCAGCCUCGGCAAGCGUUCUCGGUCCAACUCGGAUGCUUCGUCGUCGUCCUCUUCCUCGGGAUCAGUCGCCAGUCACCACGCUUCUGUCUUCUCCGUCUUCGACAAUGACGGAUCCGAGGCCGCCUUCGACUCGCAGACCAGCCUCGGCGAGCAGACUCCCUCGUCUCGUAAGAGCUCGAUGAGCUCGACGAGCAUUCACCCCAUCUCUCAGCAGCAACAGCUUGAACAGCUCGCCGCAUGGCGGGCCGAGCUUCUGGCCUCAUCUGAGUCGUCCGACCGCGAACACUGUGCUAAACGUAUUCGCAAUCUCCAGAGCGAAGUCGUCCGACUCGCUUCCGAAGUCGUUCAUGUCGCUUCGCAGCCAGUACCCCAGCCUGCCCAGCCUGCCGCUGCUCCCCACGCUGUCCCAGGUCCCAGCAUCUCACCUGCUUCUUCCUCGACGUCGUCUUCGUCUUCGGAAGGUUCCAAGACUGCCCUCGUCGAUUGCCUAGUCGAUGCUGCAUGCAGAACACUCGACAGCAUCUGGGCUCCCUCCACUGCUUGUGAUUUGGCCAAGGGACAGGACGCCCUUCCACUGCAGGUCUUUGUGCGCGAGACUCUUCGUCGCGGUCGCACUUCUUGCUCUACCCUGCAAGCUGCUCUGCUCUACUGCGUUAGACUCGGCCGAGCCACCGAAGCAUCAAAGCAGAACGAGGCGAUCAGCUCGCCCUCGCUCGGCAUGACCAGGGAAGAGGCGGGCCUGACCCGCUGCCCGCGACGCAUGUUCCUCGCCUCGGUCAUCACCGCCUCCAAGUUUGUGCAGGAUCGCUGCUACUCGAACCGAGCCUGGUCCAAGAUCUCGGGUCUCUCGAUCAAGGAUCUGGGCAAGCUCGAGCGGGCCUUCCUCAAGGCCAUCGACUACCAACUCGUGGUCCCAGAGGGCGACUGGGAGGCCUGGACUGCCGAGCUCAAGCGCACUCGUUUCGGUCAGCACGCCGCCUCGACUGAAGCUCACGAUGUGCGUGGCCGUCGCAGCAGCUUGAGCCGUUCGCAGUCGGACAACGUCACUGGUGCCGGUGUUGCUCCUGACACCGAGCUUCGAGCUGCCAGCCCGUUCUUGCCCUCGCAGGUGCAGCCCAAGUAUCGUCACCUCGGCGAUGAUCAGCAGCUGUCGCUUGCCACGGCAGCAGACCCGGCUCUGCCUUUCCCCCGCGCUGGCGCAGCCACAGUCUCUGCUGAGCUGUGA